GCCAGACGGCGAUUACAGCGCCCCCUGGUGUUCGGAGGCCGGAACUGCCACCAUCCCCGCUCCACCCCCCCGAAAGAGCUCAUGAGUCCUGGAGCUGGACUCCCGAAUAACCUCAUUGCAAUUAACAUCGCCUUCUCUAAGCGGUGGCAGUCCAAGUCACGCUUUCUUAGCUUCAUGAAUCUAGGCCCGGGGUGAUCUGUCGAAUGGGAAGUGCCCGAGCUGCAAGACUAGGGGGCGGAGUCCUGCAGUGACGUCACUGGAGGCGCCUGUACGCCCCGUUCCUCGUGGGCGCCGAAGGGACUCGCACUUUUUACGUUACUUCCGGAGCACCUCCUACCACCGAAGCUUCCGUUAGGUCCGUGGUUUCACCUCGCGUGGGCUGCAGCAGAGCACUGCGUAUCAGCUGUUCGGUACUGUCAUCUUCCUGGCCUGACUUCAUGGGAGUGACUUGUGUGUCCCAGAUGCCUGUGGCCGAGGGCAAGAGUGUCCAGCAGACUGUGGAGCUACUCACCCGGAAAUUGGAGAUGCUUGGGGCAGAGAAGCAAGGAACAUUUUGUGUGGACUGUGAGACCUACCACACUGCUGCCUCUACUCUUGGCAGCCAAGGUCAGGCGGGGAAGCUGAUGUAUGUGAUGCACAAUUCUGAGCACCCUUUGAGCUGCUUCGCCCUCUUUGAGAACGGCCCCUGCCUGAUCGCCGACACCAACUUUGAUGUGCUUAUGGUGAAACUCAAGGGCUUUUUCCAGAGCGCCAAGGCCAGCAAGAUUGAGACCCGGGGCACCCGUUACCAGUACUGUGAUUUCCUCGUGAAGGUGGGCACGGUCACGAUGGGGCCCAGUGCCCGGGGCAUCUCUGUGGAGGUGGAGUAUGGCCCCUGUGUGGUAGCUAGCGACUGCUGGAGCCUGCUGCUUGAGUUCCUGCAGAGUUUUCUGGGCAGCCACACCCCAGGGGCUCCUGCAGUGUUUGGGAACAGACACGACGCAGUCUACAGCCCAGCAGACACCAUGGUCCAGUACAUGGAACUCUUCAACAAGAUCCGCAAGCAGCAGCAGGUGCCGGUGGCGGGGAUUCGAUAGUGACUGGCCGCCUGGCUGAGCUCUGUCGCCAGGGGAACUCCACCAGAGGAGCAGGUGCUGCCCCCUCAGGCCCUGAGACCCCAGAAGCCCAGGGCAGACAGGGAGGUGUCCCUCCCUCUCCAGGUCCCAGUUCUGGGGCUCUGGCCCCCCCUUCCCCUGACCCUCACACACAGCCUCCCCACAGCUGUUUCACCCCUCUCCCUGCUGGACCUGGCCUGUCCUCAGGAAUGUAAUUAUGAAGAGUU